CCGAGAAUGGAGGGGGACAGCAUCAGGAACCCACAGCAACCGGCUCCCACGCGGUGGGCCUUGGGGACUGCGCAGGCACAUUCCAAUGCGCACAGCAGCCCCACUUCGUCAACCUGACCCAGGCUAGGUUCUGCGACAGCCAACGAACCCGCCCUGCGGAGGCCAGAGUACCAGCGAGCCAGAGCGUGAGCCCAGGGCCCCAGAGGGCCAACCCAGGCUCUCAGCCGGGAGGCCGGGACAGGGAUGCGGCCAGUGCACACCCCAGGACCUCGACAUUUUCGUGCCCGCCAAACUAGUGCGCCCUAGCCCGCGCCAUUCCCCGGAACAGGGGGCAGGAGUGUAUUUCGUUUCUUUCUUUAAACCUCAGCACGGUCCCCGUAGCUCUCAGGCUGACCGCCCGCCUUUGGGGAUACUCCUGGUGGGGACCCGGGAGCCUAAGGUGUGUGCUCGCUCGGGCCCGCGCUGUGCUCUGCGCUGCUUCUUUUCCGCCUGCAGGUUUUAUCUCUCUCCCUCUCAUUUCCCCCCUUUCCUCUUGUUCUUUUAUUCUGCUUUCUCUUUCUCUCGCUUUUGUGAAUGGGCCGCGGUGUCUUUGUUCUGGAGAGAAGCGCCCGUGUCGCUGACUUUUGUGAACCAGAGAAGGAUCUUGUAAAACCUCCUUUUCUCCUCCGCGGUCCCCCCGCUCACACCCCUCCUUCCCUGCCCCUUUGAUUAGAUGUUCCCUCAUCGUUCAAAAAAAUGUAAUUUCGUUAGUCUGGCGGCCACUUUCUUUGAACAUUAGCUCGCUUUCAGCUCCAACUUCAAUUAGAAGGAGUUGAUUUUGAGAGAUCAACAAAAGAACCGACCAAAGCCUUAUUAAAGGUCCUAAGAAGAUCUCUCGGUCCUUUGAGAAGCAGUUAAGGAAACAGUGUGCCCUCCAUCAUAUUCUGUUACCGUAUUUUAUUCGGACUCCAAAGAAAAGUGUCGCUUGGGGGAGGGGAGAAGCACUUUGAUGAGCGGCAGUCGCGGCCCCUUUUCACUCCGCGGGCUCCCCCUUCCUUCUGGUCGCCCCGCGCCCGGUCAGCGAACGGUGCGGACCGCGCGGCCUGGGCAUCGGGGUGCUCCGGUCUACCGUGCUCUCGGCGGCUCCCGAACUCACCCACGCACAUACUCUGGCUCAAACUUUUCACCCGCCUGUUGGGUCCACACAGGUAGACGUCCUUAGCAAGUUUAUUCGGCUGGGAACUGGGGUCUUCCAGUACGAACAAUCCAGGGAAACGGUUUCCAGGAGGCUCCUGCCGUAAUGUGGUAGGAAAUGAAGUGAGGGGUCGGGGUCUGUGGCCACAUUUUCCACCAGACUGUCCCUGGUAGGUGGAGACGCGGAAGGACAGAUCGAGUGUGAAAAAGAAAGUUUUCGAUCAAAAAACCUCAUGCCUAAGAAGUAAAAUGUGGGGGGAGGGGGGAGGGGUCUGAGUUCCAACAGCUCGGAAGACGCUUUAGGACUUGCGAACACCUUUGGUGGGGACCGGGAGCCCCGAGAGACGCGGAGCAGCUGGUUGGCUGCCCCGAGGGUCUGGCUGAGGGCGCGAGGUAGAUGGUGAACAGCCCCGGCAGCGGAGGGCAGGCCAGGCCCCCAGAAGCAACAGCUUGAAGGACUUCGAAGUGGGAGCCCUGAACUGCUCCUGGCCUCAGGCCCCCUGGAUCCGUCGGGGCGCCUCCACCCGGCUGUUAGCAUGAUGUCUUACCUCAAACAACCCCCGUACGGCAUGAACGGGCUGGGCCUAGCUGGCCCUGCCAUGGACCUCCUGCACCCCUCUGUGGGCUAUCCUGCCACUCCCCGGAAGCAGCGACGGGAACGCACCACCUUCACGCGCUCACAGCUGGACGUGCUGGAGGCGCUUUUCGCAAAGACUCGCUACCCAGACAUCUUCAUGCGGGAAGAGGUGGCGCUCAAGAUCAACCUGCCUGAGUCCAGAGUCCAGGUCUGGUUCAAGAACCGCCGCGCCAAGUGCCGCCAGCAGCAGCAGAGCGGGAACGGAACGAAAAGCCGGCCGGUCAAGAAGAAGUCGUCUCCGGUGCGCGAGAGCUCGGGCUCGGAGAGCAGCGGCCAGUUCACGCCGCCGGCCGUGUCUAGCUCUGCCUCUUCGUCGAGUUCGGCGUCCAGUGCCUCCGCCAACCCCGCGGCUGCUGCGGCCGCGGGCCUGGGGGGAAACCCGGUGGCAGCCGCGUCCUCCCUGAGUACGCCUACUGCUUCGUCCAUCUGGAGUCCGGCCUCCAUCUCGCCAGGCUCGGCGCCCGCAUCCGUGUCGGUGCCAGAGCCCCUGGGCGCGCCAAGCAACGCCUCGUGUAUGCAGCGCUCGGUAGCCGCAGGUGCCGCCACUGCGGCGGCCUCCUACCCCAUGUCCUAUGGCCAGGGUGGAAGCUACGGCCAGGGCUACCCCGCGCCCUCCUCCUCUUACUUUGGCGGGGUGGACUGCAGCUCCUACCUAGCGCCCAUGCACUCGCAUCACCACCCGCACCAGCUGAGCCCCAUGGCACCCUCCUCCAUGGCGGGCCAUCACCACCACCACCCGCACGCACACCACCCACUGAGUCAGUCUUCCGGCCACCACCACCACCAUCACCACCACCACCACCACCAAGGCUACGGAGGCUCUGGGCUCGCCUUCAACUCUGCCGACUGCUUGGAUUACAAGGAGCCCGCCGCUGCCGCUGCUUCCUCGGCCUGGAAACUCAACUUCAACUCUCCCGACUGUCUGGACUAUAAGGACCAAGCCUCUUGGCGGUUCCAGGUCUUGUGAGCCCAGGAGUGAGAGGGAGUGGAGAAGAAACCAACUACCUGCGCCCUCCGUGGUCCCCACGCUGCUGCUGCUGCUGCUGCUGCUGCACCGCUCGCCUUUGCCUUGGCUUUUCCAAAACUGAAUUUUCACCCCCCCAAGAUGUCCAUUGCCUGCAGUGCCGCUCCCAUCUCUGUGCCACUUGCUUGGGGGGUAGGGUGUAGACCCCUCUCCCCCUUGGAGGUGGGGCCCGGUGCUUCCGCUUGGCCCUCGGUUUCUUCACGAGAUGGCAGUGUGCCCUCCCUCCCAACUCGUGCGUCCCCCCUUCAAGUCUUUCUGGACAGCUUUUAUGCACCUGGAGCCUUCUCAGGCUCUUCGCUCUGACCCUCUCUGUUUUGAGCUCAACAGUUUUAUUUAUUCUUUCUGGACAUGAAGUCACUAACUGGCGUAUUAUCUACCGUUUGGAGUGCGCCCAUACACACUCCUCCAAAUCAAACCCACCACUGUUUCUCCUAGCAGACUGCCUCCCCUUCAGCUGCCCUCGAUCCAGCUCCCCAUCUGCAGGCCAGAGCUCCCAGCAGCCCCACCUCCCCAGUGGUGAGCGCUGAGCCAGGCCCUCGGGAGGAGGGUGCCCAGCCUCCAUCCCUGCCCUGCGCUGGACUGAUUCAAGCUUCCGCCCCGGCGGGAAUGCUGUACAUAGUCGGGUCCGUUCCAGGGACCACUUAAACUUUUUAGUUGCUGUUGGUUGAACUGAGCAUCUCUCUUGUUUUAGCGUCCAGGAAACAGAACUUUAAAAUAUAUACAUCACAUAUAUAUAUAUACACAUAUAUAUAACAAAAGCAAAAAAAUAUUUCCCCUUUGUUCCCGUUCCUCUUUCUCAAACGAUGGCGGUUCUUAUUUUUCAGUUGUUACAAGCUCUCCUGCCCCUCUUCACAUCUCCCUUUGUGUAUUUAUUAAAGAAACCCGCUUGGUUCCAGGAAGCUGGGCGCUGGAGGAUCAGAAGUGAAGGAAACAGCUAAGUCGGGGUACGGGGCGGGGGCUAGACUAGACCGGGCGCAGGACGGAGCCCUUCACCGCCCUAAGCACAGAAUCAAAGUUUCGGCUUAGAAACCAACAAAAGAGGUGAAAUUAUAACACUGUGGAAAGCAGACCGACCCCGGAGUCCCAGGUCCAGUGCCUCUGUGGGUGUCCCUCUCUUUAAACACCCCUGUCUGUUUAGUGAGUUUUUAGUGACCCUUCACUCUCCGAAAUCUGCGGAGGGCACCUGUGUAUCUAUCCGUUUUGGUUCUGGCCGCUUGGUCCAGUAGGUGGGAGAGUAAUUUGUAAAUUUGAUUUGUCCGAUGUGAAGAUCACAAAUUACUUGUUGAGAUGUAAGGCGGUCCGUCUCCUCUUCCUCUUUAUCUACAUUAUUUCCCGAAAAUAAAAGCAAAUUAAGGAACCGUU